AUGCCCGAGCAGAUGUCCGGCUUCCUGUACAUCGGGGACAUCGUCUCCCUCUACGCCGAGGGCGCGGUCAGCGGCUUCCUCAGCACCCUCGGGCUGGUGGAUGAUAGAUGUGUGGUUCAACCAGAUGCUGGUGAUCUUUGUAAUCCUCCUAAGAAAUUCAGAGACUGCCUGUUUAAAGUAUGUCCUAUGAACCGAUAUUCUGCACAGAAGCAAUACUGGAAAGCCAAGCAGGCAAAACAAGGGAAUCACACGGAAGCGGCGCUACUGAAGAAACUGCAGCACGCAGCAGAACUGGAACAGAAGCAGAAUGAAUGUGAGAACAGGAAGCUGCUGGGAGAAAUUGUCAAGUACAGCAACGUCAUACAGCUUCUUCACAUCAAAAGCAACAAGUACCUUACGGUCAACAAGAGAUUGCCAGCCCUGCUGGAGAAGAAUGCGAUGCGGGUCUCUCUGGAUGCUGCUGGGAACGAGGGGUCGUGGUUUUACAUCCAGCCCUUCUGGAAGCUGAGGAGUGAAGGGGACAACAUCGUCGUAGGAGACAAAGUGGUCCUCAUGCCAGUCAACGCGGGGCAGCCUCUUCAUGCUAGCAACAUCGAGCUCCUGGAUAACCCUGGAUGCAAAGAGGUGAAUGCUGUUAAUUGUAACACCAGCUGGAAAAUAACCCUGUUUAUGAAACACAGCUGCUACAGAGAAGAUGUGCUUAAAGGUGGGGACGUUGUUCGGUUGUUCCAUGCUGAACAGGAGAAGUUUCUUACUUGUGAUGAGUAUCAGAAGAAACAACACAUCUUCCUUCGGACAACAUUGCGUCAGUCGGCCACCUCUGCAACAAGUUCGAAAGCCCUGUGGGAAAUUGAGGUGGUACACCAUGAUCCGUGCCGGGGAGGCGCAGGACAGUGGAACAGCCUCUUCAGAUUUAAACAUCUGGCAACUGGAAACUAUUUGGCUGCAGAGUUAAAUCCACACUAUCCAGAUGGUAGUAAUGGGGAAAAAGUUGUGCAGAUAGACGGCGAACUCCUCACUUCAAAGAAGAAACGGCAGGCAGGGGAGAAAAUUAUGUACACUUUGGUGUCUGUGCCACACGGAAAUGACAUCGCCUCUCUCUUUGAGCUGGAUGCCACCACCCUUCAGCGAGCAGACUGCCUCGUCCCCAGGAAUUCGUAUGUUCGACUGAGACACCUUUGCACCAAUACAUGGGUUACCAGUACUAGCAUCCCAAUAGACACAGAAGAAGAAAGGCCUGUGAUGUUAAAAAUUGGAACCUGCCAAACAAAGGAGGACAAGGAAGCUUUUGCUAUUGUGUCUGUUCCUCUGUCUGAGGUGAGAGAUUUGGAUUUUGCCAAUGAUGCCAACAAAGUUUUAGCGUCAUCAGUUAAAACGUUGGAGAAUGGCUCCAUAUCUCAGAACGAGAGGAGGUUUGUUACUAAGCUCUUGGAAGACCUCAUUUUCUUCAUUGCUGAUGUGCCCAAUAACGGUCAGGAGGUUUUGGAUGUGGUAGUCACGAAACCCAACCGGGAAAGGCAGAAGUUAAUGAGAGAGCAAAACAUAUUGGCCCAGAUAUUUGGGAUCCUGAAAGCUCCAUUUAAAGAUAAAGCAGGAGAGGGAGCUAUGCUGAGACUGGAGGACCUGGGCGACCAAAGAUAUGCACCGUACAAAUACAUCCUGAGGCUUUGCUAUCGAGUGCUCCGACAUUCGCAGCAGGACUACAGGAAAAAUCAGGAAUACAUUGCUAAGAACUUCUGUGUCAUGCAGUCCCAGAUUGGCUAUGAUAUCUUGGCAGAAGACACGAUCACAGCUUUGUUGCACAACAACCGGAAGCUGCUAGAGAAACACAUUACGGCUAAAGAAAUAGAGACAUUUGUGAAUUUACUCAGGAGGAAUAGAGAGCCAAGGUUCCUGGACUAUCUGUCAGACUUGUGUGUUUCCAACACAACAGCCAUUCCAGUAACUCAAGAGCUUAUUUGUAAAUAUAUGCUGAGCCCAGGAAAUGCUGACAUUCUCAUUCGGACCAAGUUGGUGUCAAUGCAAAUGGAUGGCCCUGCUGAAUGUUCCGUCCUUUCUGAUGAUAUUGAUGAGGAAGAGGUUUGGCUGUACUGGAUCGAUAGCAACAAGGAGCCGCAUGGUAAAGCAAUCCGGCAUCUUGCUCAAGAAGCGAAGGAGGGCACCAAGAGUGAUUUAGAAGUCCUUACUUACUACAGGUAUCAAUUGAACCUCUUUGCAAGGAUGUGCUUGGACCGUCAGUAUUUGGCAAUCAACCAGAUUUCCACCCAGCUCUCAGUGGACCUGAUCCUGCGCUGCAUGUCGGAUGAGAGCCUUCCUUACGACCUGCGGGCAUCUUUCUGCCGCCUCAUGUUGCACAUGCACGUGGACAGGGAUCCUCAGGAAACGGUGGUGCCUGUGAAGUACGCCCGGCUGUGGACAGAAAUCCCCACCAAAAUAACCAUCCAUGAAUAUGACUCUUUCACGGAUUCGUCAAGGAAUGACAUGAAGAGAAAAUUUGCUUUGACAAUGGAAUUUGUAGAAGAGUACUUGAAGGAAGUUGUGAAUCAGCCGUUUCCUUUUGGAGACAAAGAGAAGAAUAAACUAACUUUUGAGGUGGUGCACCUGGCACGCAAUCUCAUAUACUUUGGUUUUUAUAGUUUCAGUGAGCUACUGAGGCUGACCAGAACACUCUUGGCUAUCCUUGAUAUUAUACAGGGGCCCAUGUCUUCCUAUUUUGAAAGAUUAAGCAAAUUUCAGGAUGGAGGAAACAAUGUUAUGAGGACCAUUCAUGGUGUGGGAGAGAUGAUGACCCAAAUGGUUCUGAGCAGAGGUUCCAUCUUCCCUCUUGCUGCGCCUGAAGUGCCUCCAAGCGUCCACCCAAGCAAGCAAGCAGGCACUGUAGAGAGCGAAGAUGUGACUGUGAUGGACACCAAGCUAAAAAUCAUUGAGAUUCUACAGUUUAUACUAAGUGUCCGACUUGACUACCGAAUAUCCUACAUGCUGUCUAUUUACAAGAAGGAGUUUGGAGAGAGCAGUGAAAAUAUUGAUAAUUCCAUUGCGUCUUCACCUGACUCGCCAAUCAUGAUUUCAGCUGUUGUCCCUGACAUAGAUGAAAUUGCGGCUCAAGCAGAGACUAUGUUUGCCGGCAGAAAAGAAAAGAACGCUGUGCAGCUGGACGAUGAAGGGGGCAGGACUUUUUUGCGUGUCCUCAUCCACCUGAUUAUGCAUGACUACCCCCCUUUGCUUUCAGGGGCCCUUCAGCUCUUGUUCAAACAUUUCAGCCAACGAGCAGAAGUUCUGCAAGCGUUUAAACAGGUUCAGUUGCUGGUGUCUAAUCAGGAUGUGGACAAUUACAAACAAAUCAAAGCUGAUCUUGACCAGCUGAGGUUGACUGUAGAAAAAUCUGAACUUUGGGUUGAUAAGAACAGCAGCUACGAGAGUGGCGAGCCGGGCGAGAGCCAAGCCAAAGGGGGUGAAGAGCCCAUUGAGGAAUCAGGUAUUUUGAGUCCAGUCCAAGAUGGGAGCAAGAAGCCUCAGAUCGACAGCAACAAAAGUAACAACUACAAUAUUGUUAUGGAGAUUUUGAUUCGCCUGAGUAAACUCUGUAUCCAGAAUAAAAAGUGUCGGAAUCAGCAACAGCGAUUGCUUAAAAACAUGGGAGCGCACAGCGUGGUGUUGGAUCUUUUACAGAUACCCUAUGAGAAGACAGACGAGAAGAUGAAUGAAGUGAUGAACUUGGCUCACAUGUUUCUUCAGAACUUCUGCCGUGGAAACCCUCAGAAUCAAGUCCUCCUUCAUAAGCACCUCAACUUAUUCCUAACACCAAGGCUCCUUGAAGCUGAAACCAUGCGGCACAUUUUCACAAACAACUACCACCUUUGCAAUGAAAUUAGCGAGCGAGUGGUGCAGCACUUCGUGCACUGCAUUGAGACGCAUGGCCGCCACGUGGAGUAUCUGCGGUUCCUGCAAACCAUUGUGAAAGCAGACGGCAAAUAUGUAAAGAAGUGCCAAGAUAUGGUGAUGACAGAGCUUGUGAAUGGGGGAGAAGAUGUGCUGGUGUUUUAUAAUGACAGAGCAUCCUUCCCCGUCCUUCUCCACAUGAUGUGCUCGGAGAGAGACCGCGUGGACGAGAGCGGGGCUUUGGCUUACCACAUCACCUUGGUGGAGUUGCUGGCGGCAUGUACGGAAGGGAAGAAUGUGUACACUGAGAUCAAGUGCAAUUCCCUUCUGCCUCUAGAUGACAUAGUGCGGGUGGUGACUCAUGACGACUGCAUACCUGAGGUUAAGAUCGCGUAUGUGAACUUCGUCAACCAUUGCUAUGUGGACACGGAGGUGGAAAUGAAGGAAAUCUACACUAGUAACCACAUCUGGAAAUUAUUUGAAAACUUCCUUGUGGAUAUGGCAAGGGUUUGUAACACAACCACAGACAGAAAGCACGCGGACACCUCUCUGGAGAAAUACGUCACUGAGCCUGUCAUGAACAUUGUGAGCGGCUUCUUCAGUUCUCCGUUUUCAGACAACAGCACAAGCCUCCAGACUCAUCAGCCUGUGUUUAUCCAGUUGCUGCAGUCAGCAUUUAGAAUUUAUAACUGUACCUGGCCAAACCCUGUGCAGAAAUCUUCUGUGGAGUCUUGUAUCAAAACGCUGGCUGAAGUUGCCAAGAACCGUGGCAUUGCAAUUCCAGUGGAUUUGGACAGCCAAGUCAAUACAUUGUUCAUGAAGAGCCAUACCAAUAUGAUUCAGAGAGCAGCCAUGGGCUGGCGAAUGUCUGCUCGCAGUGGCCCUCGUUUUAAAGAGGCCCUCGGAGGACCUGCCUGGGAUUAUAGGAAUAUAAUUGAGAAGCUACAGGAUGUUGUCGCUUCUUUGGAACAGCAGUUCAAUCCCAUGAUGCAGGCGGAGUUUUCAGUGUUGGUGGAUGUCUUGCAUAGCCCCGAGCUGCUUUUUCCUGAGGGGAGUGAUGCUCGAAUCAGAUGUGGGGCUUUCAUGUCCAAGUUGAUAAAUCACACAAAGAGGCUAAUGGAGAAGGAAGAAAAACUCUGUAUCAAAAUUCUCCAGACGUUACGGGAAAUGCUCGACAAGAAGGACAGCUUUGUGGAAGAGGGCAGCAGCCUGAGGAAGACACUGCUAAAUCGCUAUUUCAAAGGUGACCAUGGAGGCAGCGUCAGUGGCCCUCUGUCCGGCAGCUACAGCAAAACGGCACAAGGAGGAGGCAGCUUUUCAGGACAAGAUUCAGAUAAGUCCGGGGCAUCGAUGCACGAUAUCCAGUGCCUUCUGGAUAAAGAAGGCGCAUCGGAACUUGUCACAGAUGUCAUCGUUAGUACCAAAAAUGACAGGAUAUUCUCAGAAGCCAUCUUGCUUGGCAUUGCUUUGCUGGAAGGUGGAAACACGCAGAUUCAGUAUUCCUUUUAUCAGCAACUGAAUGAGCAAAAAAAGUCUGAGAAGUUUUUUAAAGUCUUGUAUGAUAGAAUGAAAACAGCCCAGCAGGAAAUCCGAUCAACGGUAACUGUGAACACUGUUGAUAUGGGAACCAAAAAGAAGGACGAGGACAAUGACUUGCCUGUCUCACUCCCCAAAAAGAGAGUAAGAGACUCAAAUCUUCAUUUGAAAGAAGGGAUGAAGGGGCAACUGACAGAAGCGUCGACGGCAACCUCCAAGGCUUACUGUGUGUACCGCAGAGAAAUGGACCCCGAAAUAGACCUGAUGAGUUCAGGUACAGACACAACGAACGCAGAAGAAAAGUCUUCUGAGGAAAUCACUAUGAAUCCUGCCAUUGUGAUCAUGCAGCCAAUCCUGAGGUUCCUUCAGUUGCUGUGUGAGAAUCACAAUCGGGAGCUGCAGAACUUUUUAAGAAAUCAGAACAACAAAACCAACUACAACCUGGUCUGCGAGACCCUUCAGUUUCUGGAUUGCAUCUGCGGCAGCACGACAGGCGGGCUCGGACUUCUGGGUCUGUACAUCAACGAGAAGAACGUCACUCUGGUGAACCAAACGCUGGAAAGCUUGACUGAAUAUUGCCAGGGCCCGUGCCAUGAAAACCAGAGUUGUAUAGCUACACAUGAAUCUAAUGGAAUUGACAUUAUCAUUGCCUUGAUCCUGAAUGACAUCAACCCCCUUGGAAAAUACCGCAUGGAUUUAGUGCUUCAGUUGAAGAACAACGCCUCCAAGCUUUUGCUAGCUAUUAUGGAAAGCAGACACGACAGCGAGAAUGCGGAAAGGAUCCUUUUCAACAUGAGACCAAGAGAGCUGGUGGACGUAAUGAAGAAUGCAUACAAUCAGGGUCUGGAGAGUGACCACGGAGAAGAGGGUGCGGACGAUGCCAUUUCACCCAGAGACGUUGGACAUAAUAUCUACAUCUUAGCCCAUCAGUUGGCUCGUCACAAUAAAAUAUUGCAACAGAUGCUGAAGCCUGGGUCCGAUCCAGAGGAAGGGGAUGAAGCCUUGAAGUACUAUGCUAAUCACACAGCCCAGAUCGAGAUUGUUCGUCAUGAUAGAACUAUGGAACAAAUUGUCUUCCCUGUGCCGAAUAUUUGUGAAUUCCUUACCCACGAAUCCAAGUAUCGUGUGUUUAAUUCUACCGAGAGAGAUGAACAAGGAAGCAAAGUGAAUGACUUUUUCCAGCAGACAGAGGACCUGUAUAAUGAAAUGAAGUGGCAGAAGAAAAUUCGGAAUGAUCCAGCCCUCUUCUGGUUCUCCCGCCACAUUUCCCUCUGGGGAAGUAUAUCGUUCAAUCUGGCAGUUUUUAUCAAUCUAGCUGUAGCUCUUUUUUACCCCUUUGGAGACGACGGAGAUGAAGGCACCCUUUCCCCGCUGUUUUCCAUUCUCCUCUGGAUAGCAGUGGCUGUCUGUACAUCCCUGCUGUUCUUCUUCCCUAAGCCUGUUGGCAUUCGACCCUUUCUGGUUUCUGUAAUGCUCCGGUCAAUUUAUACAAUUGGCCUUGGACCAACACUGAUCCUACUUGGUGCCGCUAACCUUUGCAACAAGAUAGUUUUCUUGGUGAGCUUUGUUGGGAACCGUGGCACAUUCACUCGUGGCUACCGAGCAGUCGUCAUGGACAUGGCGUUCCUCUACCAUGUGGCAUACGUGCUCGUCUGCAUGCUGGGCCUCUGUGUGCAUGAGUUCUUUUACAGUUUCUUGUUAUUUGACUUGGUGUACAGAGAGGAGACCCUGUUGAACGUAAUAAAAAGUGUUACACGGAACGGACGCUCCAUUAUCCUGACAGCGGUGCUGGCUCUCAUCCUGGUUUACCUCUUCUCAAUUGUUGGAUUCUUGUUCUUGAAAGACGACUUCAUUAUGGAAGUGGAAAGGCUGAAAAACAGAACACCUGUGGCAGACACUGGCACAGUUCCUACCACAACUUUAACAGCAAUGAUGGGAACAUGCGCAAAGGAUAAUUGCACGACUACAAUACCAUCUAUAAAAUCAGACGAGGAAAAUGAUGAGGAUGGGAUUGAGAGAACAUGUGACACUCUGCUAAUGUGCAUUGUGACAGUACUGAACCAAGGCCUGAGAAAUGGUGGUGGAGUUGGAGAUGUACUACGCAAGCCUUCCAAAGAUGAGCCCCUCUUUGCUGCUCGGGUUGUUUAUGAUCUCCUUUUCUAUUUCAUUGUCAUCAUUAUUGUCCUGAACCUCAUCUUUGGAGUCAUCAUUGAUACGUUUGCAGAUCUGAGGAGCGAAAAACAGAAGAAAGAGGAAAUCUUAAAGACAACCUGUUUCAUCUGCGGGCUUGAGCGAGACAAGUUUGAUAACAAGACAGUUUCGUUUGAGGAGCACAUCAAGUCAGAACACAACAUGUGGCACUACCUGUACUUCAUAGUUCUGGUCCGAGUGAAAGACCCUACGGAAUACACCGGCCCUGAAAGUUACGUGGCUCAGAUGAUUGUGGAAAAGAAUUUAGACUGGUUCCCUCGGAUGAGAGCCAUGUCCCUCGUCAGCAACGAAGGCGACAGCGAGCAGAAUGAAAUCCGGAGCCUGCAGGAGAGGUUGGAGUCCACCAUGAACUUGGUCAAGCAGCUGUCUGGGCAGUUAGCUGAGCUGAAAGAACAGAUGACAGAGCAGAGGAAAAACAAGCAGAGGCUGGGCUUUCUCGGUUCCAACGCGCCUCAUGUGAACCAUCACAUGCCGCCACACUGAUGCCACGAGGGAAGCCGUGGCCAGCUUUCUGUCCGUCGUCUUGCUUGACUACAGAAGCAAAAGCCCUAAUGAGGCAUGCUGAAGAGCGUCUGUUGCUGAGAAGUGGCAAGCAGCCACGUGCCAAGACGUUAAGUGAUGGAGCGCUGGGGACAAUUUGGAACUCUUUCUCUGUGGCUGAAAGGGGCCACUGGCUCAAACGCGGCAGAUAACACGGUCGGGUGAGGACUCUUCGGCAUUCGUUCCCCGUGCCAAAAAGAAAAAGCGGCCCUCAGGUUACACUUCCUUGUGAUUCGGCUGGUUUCUUCAGGGGCUGCUUGCAGAUGGAAAAACAGGGCAGAGUCUGGCUCUGUUGUUUUGAACACAACUGGAAUCCUUGUGAAAGGAACGGAGUGCAGAAGGGACGGAGGGAAUAGCUUAUUGACGCCAAGUGCAGCCUCCGCAUUCGGAAUGUGCAGAAGUUCUUUGCCGUUGCCUUUGCUGGCCAGCCUCAUUUCUCAUGCUUCCUUGGCAUUUGCUUUCUCUGUUAAAAUGAUUGUAAAUAUGUCAGUGGGGAAAACAUUUAACGUUACAGCAAGUAAGCUUGCAAUAGAAUUCUGCUGGAACACAAGAGCUACAGAGACCAGUUCCAACGAAAAGUAGGGGCUGGCUGUCAGUCCUCGCGGCUUCCACACUUCUCCCUUGUCACAAUGCAACAGCAGCAGGGAGGACUGGAAAUGUAUGCGCAGGACCCCUGGCAGUAUUAACUGGAAUAGAUUCCUUUGCUUCUGGAUUUAGAAGUUCCCUAUUAAUGUGGCUGCAGGGAGAGAUGUUCCCUAACGAUCAUAUUUAACUUUGUUUAUGCACCAUGAAAAAGAUUUGGAGAGAAAAUGGUAUCUUUUAUAACUGGCAUUAGAGAUUAACGGCUUUUUUCUGGGAAAAGAGGUGGUGGAACUCAGUGGGUUGCCAGCACAGGGGGCAACUCCUGGCGGGAGGUGGUGUCCCUGGUACCAGAUGCGCAUGCGCAAAGUCUGCGCAUGCUCCCAGGACCCCACUUUGGGUCAGCUGGAACAAGGGGGGAGUUUUUUAAAGUUUAUAUUAUCGUCAGCAAAAAUGGUCACAUGGCCAGUGGCCCCGCCCCCUGAUCUCCAGACAGAGGAGGGUUUAGAUUGCCCUCAGCAACGCAGGGGUGGGGCCACCAGUCAGGGGGCGGGGCCACCAGCCAUGUGACCAUUUUCAAGAGGUGCUGGAACUCCGUUCCACCGCGUUCCAGCUGAAAAAAAAGCCCUGGAGAUUAAUGUUGAGGGGGAAGACAGCCUUGUGAUGACUGGAGAGAAUCGUAAUUGUGCCAGUACUGCCCAGAAACCACAGAAAGAAGCUGUUGGGCUUAAACUGACAAAGGUUAGGACCAGCCUCUCCUUUCUGUGGGAUGCGUUCUUCUGUUAGGCUCCUUUAGUGCAUUAAACUUCCACUGACCCAGGGAAGGAGUGUCACGUUAUUGCCCAUCUUCUGAUCGGCCUGACUCUCACUGGAGGGGGCACAGAUGGCGUGUUGGCCCAGGACUCCAGUUCUUUCAUUGGUGUUGUGAUAGAGGUCAAGGCCAGGCCUCAGCAGGGACCGUACCACCUUUGCUUCAACUGUGUAAGGGAUGGGAGUUACUGCGACAGACCAAGAACCUUUUGAGAAGCAGAUGACCAGGAGACCAAAUGAACUCCGUUCAUGCUGUUUUUCAGUCUUGGAUUUCCCCAGAUGCCAGCCUCAGAUUUCGCUUUGAGCACAAACUGCGGAUAGGGAAUUGUCAAAACUGUUUGUGAUAUGGACCCGAGUAAAACAGGUUCUUCUGAUUAUUUAUUACAAAAGCUAAUCAGGGAGCCAUUAGCAGUUCUGCUGACUCCUUGGAAGCCACAAAUGCAGUCUUAACGUAACUCAGACUACAAGUGAUUUCUCGGGACUAAACAACACAGUGAACUUACUUUGCAGCUUUACUUGUUGAUUCCAAGUAAAGGGUUUGUGCAGGGCAGCUGUUUGGUUUUCCACUGAGCCCCGUUUCUUUCUCUAGAGCAUUUUCUGAGUGGCAUUUCCUGAGUUUUGCACUGAGAUUUCAAGGCCAGAUUCUGUGUCCCCCCCCCCCGGGGGGCUGGAUCGGUAUCUCUAGAGCACAUUUGUGAGACUGGAGGUGUAAACUUGACAUCAGAGCAUGUAUUUUUCUGUCAGAUCACUUAUUUUUCUUUUUAACCAGCUCAAAAAUGAGUCCUCCUCUUCUACAUGGAGGUAUUAAGGCCUUGCAUGGAAACAAAGCUGCCGUUUCAAGGAAGUCAUGUAAAUAAUAUCCCAAGACUCUUCAUUUAUGCAGCUCUAGAAGGGAAAGAAAGAACUGAAUUUGAGGAGGUGUCCUAUAGUAAGCUAUGAUGGUUGUUGUGGGUUUUCUGGGCUGUAUUGCCAUGGUCUUGGCAUUGUAGUUCCUGACGUUUCGCCAGCAGCUGUGGCUGGCAUCUUCAGAGGUGUAGCACCAAAAGACAGAGAUCUCUCAGUGUCACAGUGUGGAGAAGAUGUUGGCAGGUCAUUUAUAUCUAUUCAUGAGGGGUGGGGUUGAGCAGUCUGGUAAGCUGCACACUCCAAAUAGGACUUCCCAGGCUCUUGAGACAGAAGAACUUCUGGGCAGAGGCAGGCAGCAGCCUCGGGUGGUCUUCCCCUUGUCAGUGCCAGCAGCCCCAUAUGCCACAUUAGGGUGCUUAGACAUGUAAUUCUACCAAUAUUGGGCAUGGAAAUGCUUGUGGAAAACCUACCUCACUGGGUUGUUGUGCAGAUAAUGGGAAGAAAGGGAACUGAUGUAAGAUGCUUUGUAUCCCCUUUGUGGGUGGAAAGGUGGAGAAUAAAUAAUAAUACCCCAUUAAGAUCCAGAGGAGUUAGCCGUGUUACUCUGUAGUAGCAAAAUAGUAAAAGAGUCCAGUAGCACCUCUAAGACUAACCAACUUUAU